AUGGCAGAGCAAGUUAAAGAUUGUAAGGGAAAUUGCUCAUGCAAUUCCUAUCUCCACACUGCGUUCUCAAGACCCAUCAUCCACAGGAACAUACAACUGGAAAACAUCUUUUUAGACCAGAACAAUGUUGCCAAACUAACCGAAUUUUCACUGUCCAUAUCCAUCCCCAAAGGUGAAACUCAUGCAGUAGUUGACUACCUGGGUGGGACUGCUAAGUUCAUAUGCCCCAAAUAUUUUAGCACAUUCCAUGUAAUGGAGAUAGUUGACGUCUACAGCUUCAGAUCAUUUCUAUUAGAGCUUUUAACUGGAAGGAGGUUAGGUCAUCUAGCACAAACAGCCAAAGAUGAAGGCCGAAUGGUUUCCAUUAAGAAGUACUUAAAAAAUUUCGAGGAAACUGUCUUCACUGAUAUAGCUAUUUCUGCAAAGAUGAGCCCUCGCAAUAAUGUUCUAAGGCUCAUAGGGUGCUCAAAUGGAUCGCUUGCUGAUCGAUUGGAGGUAUCCAAUUCUAGUCUUAAUGGAGAACAACAACAACGUGAGUCCAUGGCAUGGCAGAGCAAGUUAAAGAUUGCUAGAGAAAUUGCUCAUGCAAUUGUAUCUCCACACUGCGUUCUCAAGACCAUCAUUCACAGGGACAUUAAACAGGGAAAUAUCUUUUUAGACGAACAUGAUGUUGCCAAACUAACUGAUUUUUCAGAGUCGAUAUCAAUCCCCGACGAUGAAAUUCACGUAGUAGAUAAGCACGUGAUUGGGACUCUUGGGUUUGUAUGCCCCUAUUAUGGUACCACGUGCCGUAUAACAGAGAAAAUUGAUGUCUUCAGCUUCGGAUCAUUUCUAUUAGAGCUUACAACUGGACAGAGGAUAUAUCAUCUAGUAGAAACAGCCGAUGAUGAAGGUGUGGAAUUAGAAGAUUACAUAGAAAACGUAACUAUAAAUGAGAUUGUGAAUCUAGCAAUCCAGGCAAGGGAAAGAGGAGCUGUUGUGGAGCAACAAGCACAAGCUGUGAAGCUUGCCCUCCUAUGCAGAGAAAAGGAUCCGGAGAUAAGGCCAAAUAUGGUCUACGUUACAAAAGAACCCAGAAUGAUUGAGAGGUUGGUCCUAUGA